AUGGCAGAUAAAGUAAAGGAGUUCAAUCAGUAUAACCUUCUCAAGUCCAAGUAUCUAGGUUUGGGCAAUCCAGACUCGGACCGCAGAGACUUCCUUAGCACUAUGCAUAGAGACACCUACGCUUCCUUGGCUCAGCAUGACAGCUUGUUGCUCUACAAUUCAGUGGCGUUGAAUGAGAAUCCAGAACUUCUUAGACAGAAGUUAAUCAAAAAAAUCGUGAAUCCUAUCAAAGUAUCGUCACAAGAAUAA